AUGGAGAAAAACCAUGGAGCUAUUACAGACCAGGAGACCAUCUCAUUGCUGUUACCACCACUGGAACAAAAAUAUCUCCCGUUAUGUUCCCAUUCAAUGCAGCUCCUUCUAGUCAGUCUAACUCGCCGGAGAAGAUGCACUCAGAAAUCUCUACUGAACACCAAAGUGGAAAGAAAUUGGAUCUGGUACCGAUAUAACCACCAUAUUUACACUUUGAUGAAUACUCUGGCCCAUGCCUUGAAUGCUGCAUAUUCCUCCAUAUCCAAGAGGAGAAGAAAAGAGGGAGAAGAGAAGCUGGAGACUCAAAGGCUGCAGCCAUGGCAGUUCCAUCCAUUUCUGAAGAAGAAUGAGUUUUGCAAUCUUUCCCACAUGAAACUGUACUUGGACCAAAAUGGUGAUGUGGCAGCAGAUCUGAACAUCAUAAGCUUCAUAGUUCUCUCCAGGGAGGAUCCCAUUAGAAAGCAACUGGGGAGUUUUGAAAGACAGAGACUUAUUAUCAAUCAAGAUGCUCUUUCACAGCUAAAGUUGCUCAAUAAGUCUCUGCCUCAGUCCAAAUGUGUGGAAAAUUGUCAUCCUGGAUUUUUCAAGCAAGCUCGAAAAGGAGAGCCAGUUUGCUGCUAUGAUUGUGUUCCUUGUCCAGAGGGGACCAUCUCCACUCAGGAAGAUACUGAAAAAUGCACCAAGUGCCCAGAUGAUCAAUAUGCAACAGAGAGCAGAGUCCAAUGUAUCCCGAAAAGAAUAACCUUCCUCUCCUAUGAAGAACAUCUGGGCAUCAUCCUGGUGUCCAUUGCCCUACUCUUGUUCCUAUUCACAGGAUUCAUUUUAAUCAUAUUCCUUAAAUACCUAGAAACUCCCAUUGUCAAAGCCAACAACCGGGACCUCUCCUACAUCCUCCUGGUCUCCCUCUUGCUUUGCUUCUUGUCCUCCUUUUUCUUCAUUGGACGACCAAGGAAAGCCACCUGUCUUCUCCGACAAACAGUGUUCAGCAUUGUCUUCUCAAUAGCUGUGUCAUCUGUGUUGGCCAAAACAAUCACGGUGGUGCUGGCAUUCUUAGCCUCAAAACCAGGGAACAAAGUGAGAAGAUGGUUGGGGAAGAGCUUGGCCAAUGCCAUCAUCCUUUCUGGUUCUGCUGGACAAAUUUUGUCUGUGCCUUAUGGCUGGGGAUUUCUCCUCCAUUCCCUGACUCUGACUUAA